CAACAAUGCUGUGUAGGGCCCCGGUCACUUUAUUGGCGGCAGACUCCACCACAUGGUUAAACUUGCAACAUGCAAGCGAGGCAACUCGCUUGAGGCUGUUAUCCAGCCGACGCAAUGCUGCUAUCCCUCUUGCGCACACCAGCGUGUCACACGCUUCUUUAGCUCCACAAUCACCUGUACGAAACGUCGUCCUGGCAGCCGUGCAACACAGGGCAUCUUCAAUCCGACGGGCUCCACGUCCCCAAACGCCAGACAAUCCGCUGCAGCAGCCCAACAGCGACUCGCCAGCCCAACCCCUCCAACUUGUUGACGCCCUGGGAGCCCUGGGCUGGCGUUGUAAGGGCGCGCCUUCAUCCCAAUGGCCUCAUGACGCUCUUACCUCCCUGCAAACCCUGGCGACCGCCCUCAUCCCCCACGUAGCUGCCCUUUCCCCGUCUGACCUCGCACAUUGCUGCUGGGCUAUCGCGCAGUUCAGCGACGUCGCUGGCAAAGACGUCGCUGUUUUGGGUUUUUUGAGUGCCGUACAACAGGAGCUCCUGGAGCCCGCCUUCGACGCUAAAGCCGCAGCGGCGGCAGCAGAGGCCACCGCACCAACCGCAGAGGCCACCUCCCAGCGCCGCCGCUGCGCCACACGCCUUGCCUCCAUCCCGGCUAAGGACCUCUCCAAGCUAGCCUGGGCGCUGGCCAAGCUAGGAGUAGGCCCAGAAUCGGGUCGUGGCACGCAGGGCGAGGCGCAGAGCACUGGUAGCAAGGGCUUGCAGACGCCUCCCGUCGACCGCGUGCCGCCGCUGGACACAAAGACGGAGACGGGGACGGGGUCGACACAGUACGGCAAUGGUGGUAGCGAUGGAGGCGGAGGCGGCGGGCCAGCUAGGCCGCGUUCCGUGCGUCUGCUGGGGAAGCGGCGGCUGCAGGGGCGGUUCUGGGAGGAGCUGGGGGACACAGCGGCGGCGGCUGUUGAGCGAUCGGAGAUGCCUCCGCAGGCGCUGUGCAACACGCUGUGGGCGUUCGCGACGGUGGACUGCCGGCAUGCGGCGCUGCUGCGGGCGGCCGCAGAGUGCAUUGCGGAGGGCCGGCGCAGCAGGUUCGAGCCGGUGGGAAUCACCAACUUGUGCUGGAGCUUUGCCACGCUGCGCUUCUACAACUGCGCCACUUCGCUGCAUCAAGAUGUGCGACAAGACAAGAUCCAAGACGAGCAUGAAGAUCUGGACUUUUCUCUCUCGUUGGAUUCGCUUGACGCUAACGAGGAGGACCAUAGCCACAAACAGGAGCAGCAACACCAGUUUCAACAUGACUAUUGGGACAUGACUCACGACAUGUACGACAACACAGAAAACAACGACUUGUACGGCAGGUUGUACGGCAAGCUUGCCGGCCUGGCGCUGGGCUGCGUUGACCGCAUGAGCCUGCCGCAGUUGUCCAAGACCGCCUGGGCACUCGUGACGGCGCGUCAGCACCUCCCCUCGGGGAGCAGGCAGCCGCAGCAGGAGCUCCGCCGCCCCGGCUGCCCUCGUCCCAUGCAGCACCUGCCGCAACCGCAGGAGAUGCAGCAACAGCGGCAUGGGGGCCACAACCAGCGCCCGCAGCAGCAACAGCGGCAGCACCCCCUUGAGAAGCGGCAGCAGCGGAGGCAGGAACAUGGGCGAGUUCCGCGCGUACAGCAGCCCCAGCGCGAGCAGCAGGACCAGGCGCAGCAAGACCCGCAGCCCCUGCCGCAUCUUGCAGUGAGGCAGCUGCUUUCUGCCAUCCGCGUCCGGGCCACACGCGUGUUUAAAGCGGAGGUGCCCGCGACCACGACCGCAACCGCAACCGUGGCGGAGGCGGCAGCGAGGCCUGCUGCGCUGCACGACCCGCACGCCACAUCCGUGCUCGCAUGGGCCCUAUCCACCGCCGCGCCGCCUGGAGACCCGCGCUGUACGGCAUUCCUGGAGGCGGCGGUGGCGGCGGCGGUGGCGGCGCCUGAAGGGCUGAUGUCGUACAGCGAUCAAGAUCUGGCGAUGCUGCUGACGGCGCACCUGCGAGUGGGGUCGUACUCGCCGCCACUGAUGAUUGCCGUACGAGAGGCGUUGAUCCGGCGCGCCAGCAGCAUGGGGCCGAAGGCACUCACUGACAUCUGCUACAGCCUCGCAGUCAAGAACUACUACCACCAGGAAAUGUACGACGCAAUUGCAGCAGCCGUAGCAGAUCGCCUGGAUGGCUUUGGACCCGCGCUUGCCAGUCGAGUGGUUUGGAGUCUGGCUCGAGCCCGGCACUACAAUGCGCGACUGCUGGACAGCUUCGCAGACUACAUCAGGCCGCACCUGCCCCGCUGCAGCCCGCUGGACCUCACCAGCUGCUCCGCCGCCCUCGCGCACCUGCACCACUACCACCCGCGCUUCUUCGCCGACAUGGCCCGGGAGGUGCUCAACCGCAUCAGCGCCGCUGGUCCCACGUCUUCCACCGCCGCCACCACCACCACCUCGUCUCCCACCGCCUCCGUCACCGCCUCCGCUGCUACCGCCUCCACCUUCCCCUCAGCCAGUGGUUGCUCUGUGCGCCCGGAGCUGCCGCAGCCACAACCGCAAUUGCCGCAACAACUGAACGAGCAUCUGCACCCUCAGCCCCCUCAGCAGCACCUCCCGCAGCAGCAGCACCCCCAGUCUCCCCCUCAGCCGCUGCCUGAGCGCAGUGUGGUGCAGCUGCUGUGGUGCUUCGCGCUGUUGGGCCAUGUGGACGAGGGGCUGCUGGAGGGGCUGGCGGGCAGGCUGCGAGGGGUGGACGUGGAGCGGCUGGGGGUGCCUGCCGUCAUGCAACUCUUCCAGGCGCAAACACUGCUGCAGGACUUGUACCGGGGUGUGAUAGCUCCCCCGCAGGUGCUCUCCCAGGCGCAGAUGCAGGCUGCUCGCCUGGUGUGGCAGCGGGUGGCGCAAGCGGCCGUCAGCCCCUCCCGCUUGCAGGCUGAGGUGGUGGCCUGUCUGCGGCGGCUGGGCUGCCAACCCCGCUGCGAGCGCACCACCUUGGAUGGACUCUUCUCAAUCGACACGUCGCUGGUGUGGGAGGGCAGGCGUGUUGCAGUGGAGGUGGACGGACCCACCCACUUCACCUGCUCCCAACCCUACAGGCCCCUGGGUCGCACCCUUGCCCGGCGGCGCUGCUUGGAGAUUCGCGGCUGGCGGGUGGUGUCGGUUGCGGGACACGAGUGGCGGGCGCUGGGGGGCGAUGCGGCGCGCGAGGAGGCUUACAUGUCGGCAGCGCUGGAGGGAGCGCUGUGGAGGACGCAUGUGCUGGAGGGGCUGUCGGGGCUGGGCAGGGGGAGGCAAGGGGGGGGUCGGUAAAGGGACCCAGGCAAAAGGCACAUGAGUGGGACUUGAAGGGGAGAGGCUCGGCUCCAAGGAACGACAGGGGUUGAUGUCGAGGUGGGAAUUGUAGAGGGAUGCGGGUGGGUGGUGCUGCCGCCCGAGGAAACGGCGUGUAAAGCAUGUGUAUCGCAAGUGCUCUCACUGUUUCCGUACUGAAGCCGCCGACAUGCCUCCGAGCUGACUGCAUCCCGGUAAAAAGGGAGGCGCUGUCUUUAUGUACAUUGUACAAAUGUCCUAGUGACCAAGUUAAAGUAAAGGUCGACCGCAAUCACAUCGCGAGGCACCCAGGUGCGUGCAUCGACCACCCUCCCACACCGACCACCCUACACUG